AUGUCCCGACCAACAACAAGCGGUAACCCAUUACAACCAUCUACAACAUCAGAUUUCGAGAAACAACGAAGUUUAUUAAUCCAACAAAUAGCCAAUGAACUCAGCAAUUUAAAUACAAAUAUAGAAACAUUGAAUAGAGUAUUUGAUCAGUCAUUGCUGAUUGGUAAAGAGUUUGAUGACCUUGGAAGAUUAUGGAGUAAAUUCUAUGCUGGAGUAGACGAAUUAAAACAGCGCAGAGAAGCACAACAACGUGAAAAUGUUGGCCCUGUCACGCCAGGAGCGAUUCCUCCUUCAGAAUAA